UUCCCCCUCAUCCCCCGCUCCGCCAAUCGAGAUGCGCCAUCCAACGGGCGCCUGUACCCCCAGCCAGAGCCAAGCAGUCUCUGCUGCUCCCUCGCGUCUGCCUUCAAAAAGGUCAUCAUUCGCCACUUCGUGCAGUGCUCGAGAGGACAAUUUUGAGGACCGCCGAAGCCUGCAUCCUCUUUUCCUUCACCUGCCGCCCGCAAGCACCUCUCGCUCUAGCACUAUGGCGGCCAUUCUUCGGAUUCCGGCUCCGCUCUCCACCUAUCGCCUCACUCCGGUCUGCAAAGGCCGCGGCGGUGGAGGCGGAGGCGGAGGCAAGGGCGGCGGUGGCGGAGGCAAGGGCGGCGGUGGCGGCGGGAAGAGCGGCGGUGGCGGCGGAAAGGGCGGCGGGAUUUCCCAACAAUCCGCUGCGCAAAUUCAGAGUCAGGCUGCGCGCCAGGGCGCAGCGGGAAAGGGCUCCCCCGCGGCUGCGGCGCAGCGCGCAGCGGAUGCGCCGUAUAAGGUGACAUCGCAGAACGCGGCGACGAUUCAGAGCUUCACGGCGACGACUUACGGAGCGGUUGAGAAGGGUUCGUUUGCGUCGGAGGCUCAGAGCCAGGCUGCGGCAAACGACAAGUAAGGAUGAGAGUGCGAUAUUUUGUUUACGGUGCGGCCUGUGUUGUUCUGGCUGGCUGUGUAAUUAAAGGUGUGAUAGGUGAUAUGGGAUUUGUAUUUAGUAUGCACGGGCAAUUGCAAUCGUAUGAUUGCUUUAUGAGCACCGUUCGAAGAUAAUUGACUCUGACCUCAAGCCAGACUGCCUCGAGACAUGUGUGGUGCAAUAUGUAAGUUGUAUGUGGCCAACUUCAACCGAGUACAAAUUCUUACUCUCAUAACGGGUUGCCGAUGCUGCUCUGGUUAUUAGCUUUAUAACGGGUAUAAAGGCUGCAACUGAAUGUGGGCAAAGCCUAUGCCAUGCCAUGGCAUGCAAUGCGACCCCAACUUCCAUUAUGUGGAAUCAUCAAGCCAGCAUCAACUUCCAACUUACAGCAAACCUAGAAAGCUAACAGCUAUACCGGACCGCGUAUUAUAA